AUGGGGUCUGCACCGUCCAGUUUGAAGAGAGAAGUUCAUGAAGAACUGUCCUGCAGCAUCUGCCUGGAGCUGUUCACCAGGCCUAAGGUGCUGCCAUGUCAGCACACCUUCUGUCAGGACUGUCUACGGGACCAUGCAGAGGUUAAGAUACCCCUCCAGUGCCCAAACUGUCGUCAGCAGGUCAGGCUGCCACCCCAGGGGGUCGCAGGUUUGCCAGACAACCACAUAGUGGCCAACAUGAUUGAGAAACUCCAAAAACAGGAAAAGCAUUUAGAGGAAAUAAGCAAGCAAGCCCAGUCUGGAAACAGGUGCAGUUUUCACCCCUCAGAGGAAGUCAAGCUCUACUGUAAACAGUGUAACGUGCCAGUUUGUACUGAGUGUUGUGAAGAAGGCCAUGAUGGACAUCCUACCACAGGCCUUAAAAAAGCUGCACAGGAAAGGAGUUCUACAGUCCAGGCCUUGAUUAAUGAGGGAAGGAACAUCGUGGAAAAUUACUUAAGCUUCCUCAGAAGUCUGAGGGAAGAAGAGAAAACCCUGAAUGAAAAGAAACAGCAGACAGACAACAGCAUCAUUCAGGCCUACAACCAAAUGGUGCUGAAACUAAGAAAGAGAAAAGACCACCUCUUGUCUAAAUCAGGAGAAAACCACACAAAAAACUUACAUAGAAUACAGACGGACAGGGACAGAGUGUUGGAAGAUCUCAAUGAACUGUCUGCUGCCUGUGAUCGAGCAGAACAAGAGCUGCAGCAGGGGUGGGGCGAGUUUCUCAGUCAGCAAACUGCUUUGAUAGAGGUGGCAGGAAAGUACAGAGAAAAAGCAGCACCAACUCCUGUACAAACCCAGCCUGCUGUCUUUGAGCCCACAGACACCCCAGUGCCAGUAUUGGGACAUGUGAGGGUCCAGUCUCUCCCAUCUGCACCAAGCCCUGCAGCAACUGCACCAAUCCCAGCAAAACCUGCAUCCAGUAAUGUUGCAGCAGGGGGCAGGGGGCAUCAACAUGGUUAA